AUGUGUGACAGGAUCAUCGGCAAGGGCUGGUUAGGUGAAGUUGCCUUGGCCAAAUACACGAAUCCCAGUGGUGUAACGUCGAAAGUGGCAAUCAAACGCGUAUCCCAGACUUCCCCUCAUGCCCUGAUUGGUGCGAUGGAGGUAGCCGUGAUGUCCGAGUUCGCAAAGAAUCCUAACGACAAACUCGUCAAUUUGGUUGGUUGGUAUUUUGAUACGGACGCUCUGCGCAUUGUGACAGAAUACAUGCCUGGUGGUAAUCUAGCAGACUACCUGGCAGGACUGCGCAACUCCAAAGACCACGCCCAGUUGAUUGAAUUUCGCGAAUUCGCCAUACAAAUUGCGUCUGGAAUGCGAGUUCUCGAGGAGAGAGAAAUUCAACACAGAGACCUGGCUGCGCGCAACAUCCUCAUUGAUGCCAAUAGGCGACUGAAGAUCGCCGACUUCGAACUCAGUCGUCCACAGGGCUCGCAUUUCAUGACUGGCGUCAUUGACUACAAGUGGGUUGCCAUGGAGGUGAUUGAGGAUGAAAGCAAGUACACCAUCUCCUCCGACGUUUGGUCGUAUGGCGUGGUGUUGUGGGAGAUCUACAGUGUGGGUUUCACGCCGUUCAAUGAUAUCGAAGAUGCGCAAAUGCUGGAGCACUUGAAGGCAGGACAUCGUCUUGAGCGACCACUUGAUACUCCAGAGGAUAUGUACUCAAUGAUGACGGAGUGCUGGAAGGAGGAGCCGUCGGAUCGGCCUACUUUCAGUGUCAUCUGCGAUCGAUUGACUGGUCGUGUCCACACGCCAAAUCGCCCACCUCCUCCGCUGCCUCAGCCAUCUGUUUACGAAAAUCGCUCCAGUCGUCAUGGCUACGAUGUGAUGAAGUCAAGCGAAGUGCCUCCUCCUUCUUCUUCUUCUCCUCCUCCUCCUCCUCCUCGUCCUCAUCCACCCGCCCCUGCCUCCGCAACCACGACGGGUCGCAUUCGUGGCUCUAGGUGCAUCAUUUUGUAG